AUGGAAAAAAUAAACAAUGUAACUGAAUUUGUUUUCUGGGGUCUUUCUCAAAACCUAGAGGUAGAAGAAGCUUGUUGCGUGGUAUUUUCUCUCUUCUACGUGGUCAUUCUGCUGGGAAACCUCUUCAUCAUGCUAAUAGUUUACGUGGGCAAACUUUUCAAGUCUCCUAUGUAUUUCUUUCUCAGCGGCUUGUCUUUUGUGGACAUCUGUUACUCUUCAGCCACAACACCUAAGAUGAUUGUGGACCUGUUAGCCACCAGCAAAACUAUCUCUUAUGAAGGGUGCAUGUUGCAGCUGUUUGUAGUACAUUUCUUUGGCUGCACGGAGAUCUUCAUCCUUACUGUAAUGGCCUAUGAUCGUUAUGUGGCUAUCUGUAAACCUCUGCACUAUACAACUAUCAUGGACCAGGACAGAUGCAAUAAAAUGUUGCUGGGGACCUGGUUAGGAGGAUUCCUACACUCCAUUAUCCAAGUGGCCCUGGUAGUCCAACUACCCUUCUGUGGGCCCAAUGAGAUCGAUCACUACUUCUGUGAUGUCCACCCUGUGCUGAAACUUGCCUGCACAGAUACAUAUGUUGUUAGUGCUGUUGUGACAGCCAACACUGGUAGCAUCACUCUGGGAAGCUUUGUUAUCCUGCUAAUCUCCUAUACGGUCAUCCUGGUGUCCCUGAGAAAGCAGUCGGCGGAAGGCAGGUGCAAAGCUCUCUCCACCUGUGGCUCCCACAUUGCCGUGGUCAUCAUCUUUUUUGGCCCCUGUACAUUCAUGUACAUGCGCCCUGAUACUACCUUUCCAGAAGACAAGAUGGUGGCUGUGUUUUACACCAUUGUCACCCCCAUGUUGAAUCCGCUGAUUUAUACAAUGAGAAAUGCAGAAGUAAAGAAUGUAAUGAGGAAACUAUGGGGCAGGAGGGUUUUCUGGGAAGCUAAUGAUAACAGUUGGAAGUAA